AUGGUCGGGUGGGCCACAGCUGGAAGCGGCUCCCAAGGAGGGAGGAGGCGUACUGCUGCUGCUACUGCCGCCCUGGAUGAUGAUGAGGAUGACGACGAUGGUAUACCUAUCAUACCGGACCUAGAGGAGGAAGAGGAGGAGGACAUGACCAGGUAG